UAAACUUGUGGCGUUGAAGAACCCAACGAGCAGUAGCUAUAUGUCCAGAGAAGCACCGCCAUAGCCAUGGCUUCUCCCCUGCUUCUUCUUAGAACCACCACGACCUCUCUCUAUCCUCGCCACAACCCUUCUUUCACCAUCAUCAAAGCUACAACAAAAAUGAGCCAAAUUAGCGACCAGGCUCAAUCCACUGGAUCCGAAAAGAAGAAAAUCUUCGUUGCAGGUGCGACCGGAGAGACCGGAAAGCGAAUAGUACAGCAGCUCCUGGCAAAGGGUUUCAACGUCAAAGCCGGCGUUCGCAACAUUGAAAAAGCCAAAACCACAUUUCCUCAAUCCGAUUUCAUUGAAUUCGUGAAAGCGGAUGUAACAGAUGGAUCAACAAAGUUAGCUGAAGCAAUUGGUAAUGAUUCAGAUGCUGUCAUAUGCGCAACUGGUUUUCGCCCUUCCUUCGAUUUGUCAGCUCCAUGGAGGGUUGACAAUUUUGGGACAGUAAACUUGGUAGAUGCAUGUGGUAAACAGGGUAUAAAGAGAUUCAUUCUUAUAAGUUCUAUAUUAGUCAAUGGAGCUGCAAUGGGUCAAGUGUUGAAUCCAGCUUACAUAUUUCUGAAUGUAUUUGGAUUAACAUUGGUGGCUAAGCUUCAAGCCGAGAAGUAUAUAAGGAAGUCUGGUAUCAAUUACACGAUUGUUAGGCCGGGUGGAUUGAAGAACGACCCACCAGUUGGGAACAUAGUUAUGGAACCCGAGGAUACUCUUUUUACGGGCAGUAUAUCUAGGGAUCAGGUUGCUGAAGUUGCUGUUGAGGCGUUGAUUCUUCCUGAAUCUUCUUAUAAGGUUGUCGAGAUUGUUGCUCGAACCGAUGCUCCUAACAAGCCAUUCCAUCAAUUGUUUGGCUCAAUCAAGCAGCACUAAAAGUUUCUUAGUUAACUUGUUCAUUAUCUUUGAAUAAAUACAUUAUUGUAAUAAGAACAAAAUACAUUAUUGUGCUUUUUUCAGUACUAAUUUAUAUUUACUAAAAUGAAGGAAACAAAAUUGGAA